AUGACAUUGUGGAAAUACGUUGAGGAGAGCCAGUGGGCUAAACCUCCCCGGACUUUGACCUUGGGAGGCAAGUUCCCCAAGAAGAACAAGCCGUCUGCGCCGGUUCCCCAGCAACCCCACGGUUACCUGGGUCCUGGAGACUUCUGGCCCUUCUCCGGCCACGUGGCGCCGGCCUUCGACGCUGCCACCCCCAGGAACGUGACGACACAGCUGGGACAGACGGUCUAUCUCAACUGCAUCGUGAACAGUCUCGGCGACAAGACCGUGACGUGGAUCCGUCGGAAAGACCUGCACGUGCUGACUGUGGGCAUGGACACGUACAUCGGAGACCCACGCUUCCAGGCCAUCCACCUGGAGCGCUCCAACGACUGGGCACUCCAGAUUCGGUACGCCCAGCUCACGGACCAAGGCCUCUACGAAUGCCAGGUGAGCUCCGACCCCAAGAUGAGCCUCUUCGUGCACCUCCGGGUCCUGGUGGCCCGGGCCGAGAUCCUGGGCGGCACGGGGCAGCUGUUCCUCAAGACCGGCUCCACCAUCAACCUCACGUGCGAGAUCAGCCAGAGCCCCGAGCCGCCCGUGUUCGUGUUCUGGUACCACAACGACCGCAUGAUCAACUACGACGAGACGGCCAAGAGCGAGAUCCUGGUGCGCAAGGCCGGCCGCAACGCCGCCGUGUCGCGCCUCGUCAUCCACGACGCCAUGCCGGCGGACUCUGGCAACUACACGUGCGGCCCGUCCAACGCAGACGCCACCAGCGUCGCCAUCUUCGUGCUCAACGGCGAGAAGCCGGCCGCCAUUCAGCACGACGCCACGGCCACGUCGACGGCGCACCGCUUCGUCAUGACGUCGGCCUCCGACGCCGUGGCCAUCCUCGCGGUCGUCCUCGUCCUCAGGGCUCUGUUCGGCCACAGGUGAUGAAAGCUGGCGUCGAGCGGUCGGUUCGCACAACCUGCCCGGACAGUCUGACCACGGGAACAGUGUCCCUGACAUUCCGAUGGAAGCCUGGGACGCCGCACACCGUGAUCCGUGAACUCGCGCGGAGUGAACGACCGCCUCGCAAGGAGGAGCUCAACUUCUGGUCAAGGAGAGCGGGGGAUUGUGAAGCUGAAGCCUAUGUUGCUUAGAUUACUAGGCGGCCAUGACGUAGACACGUUGCGAGGGUACUAGGAUUUUCGACAGGACCCGUCGAGCUAAGGCUUAUCGGGUCUCUAAACAGCGUUUCCUUUUUUUUCGUUUUCUUUUUUGUAUGAGAGCUUCGUUCUACCAGAGCAACAAGCAGCAAACACUGAUCGCAAACAUGUACAUUUUUUUAAAGUUUAGUGAGCGUCAUUAUUCGGCAACAUAUGAAGAUGUUUUGGAGAUAGACGCUACCAUCAAAUGGUGUCUCUGGGCACCAAAGAAGCUAGUACCGCCUCAUUGGUCUUAGUUAGACAGACACGUACAGACUUGGCCGCCCAUCUCACUCGUAUCAUCAGCGUAUACAGGUGAGUUCAAGAAGUGUCUCGCCAUAAUACUCCAAAAAAGUGGAACAAAAUCCAACUAAUCUACACGGGAGAAGGGAAAUCACACCCAUAAAAACUUGUGGACGUCAAUUGUUUUUAACCUCUUUUUUCUAACUACCAAAAAUGUGUUUAUUCUUAAAUUAUAGCAAUUGCCGUUAAAACAGAUGUCUGUAUUUUGUUGUCAAGCCCUUCUUACACUACUCCGUGUCACUAGUUGUGUGCAGUGCAUGUGAAGGCAACUCCGGUCGAAGAAACAGCGAGCCCUAGGAAGGCGGGACGGGAAAGGAGGGCAAUGUGGGGAGGGGGGAGAAGGGGAGAGCACUAUAGGAACAUUAGAGAGGGCAGGAGGUUUUCCUUCGCCUCACCAGCUUUCCUAGUAGCUGCGUUUUCUCCCCUCACCUGAAUUGGCCUUCGCUUGUACUGCACAUAGCUAGUGGCACUUAGUAUAGACUGGCGUAUCUCGAUGGAGAAAUUCGGUGUCAGCUGAUAAAAACUGGUUCACUUUAAGUCGUGGUUGCUCACACACAAGAAAGCGCGCUUAUACUAUUCGGAAGGAGAUCCAACCGUCGCGCCCCUAUUGGCUAAAUUGGGAACUACACCGAUGGGGACAACAACGACAACAUGGAUUAAAUGUUUGUGAUUUGACGCAGCGUUCGGCCCACUUAGCCUAACGUUACGUGAGCGUUGAGCUAGGGCUCGUGUUCUUUCAGUGAAGCAGCACGCUGACGCAGCAAAAGAAUUAGGCACGAAAAUUUUUGCCCACGAUCAAGUGAGAAAGAUGAAGUAAAGAACUCUGGGGAAACAAUCUAGACAUCGCACCCCUUAUAGUUGAAUCUCCUUGCCGAUAGCGACAAGAAACAUUCGCCAACAUCUCAUGUACACUACAUUGACACCUUUUUACGCUACAAAGGUAAAAGUGAUCGUAAAAAAAUGUUUGUGAGCAAUCACUGCUGUGAAAGAUUGUACAAAACUUCUUGAAGUUGGUUUUGUUUUUGCCGAAAGAAAAUGACGGGUGUUUUUUGCUCAUCUAGGAGAAGACGUUCACCAUUUGUUCGUUGAAGAUUGUAUGCAAAAGCAGGCCUGCAAUAUCAGAAUAUGAGUUCAUUCAUUACAAAAUAUAUGUUGCUCCUGUCAAGUUAAAAGAAAAUAUCAUUUUACCACAACCCACAUGGUCGACGACCACGUACAUAAAUAUAAAUCCGAUAAUAUCUGAAAACUCUAC